AUGAAGUGCCACGCGUUGUGGCUGCUCUACUUGCUGUAUUCCCAAGUUUGGGCUCUUCAUGGUGAGAAUGGGCUGACACUUCGUGGCAGCCUUGCCCUCUCUCAGGCACCUGGGCCAGCACCAGCACCUGCCCCUUCACCCGCGCUGGAUGGGGUGCAACCUGACCUUGGGCCUGAAGGCCAGGUGGGAGAUGCGGGACCCGAUGGUCCAGAUGGACCUCCAGGGCCACCAGGUCCCCCAGGCCCAACGGUGAUGGUGGCGAUGCCUGGGAUGCCUGGGAUGCCUGGGAUGCCUCAAAUGCCAGGGAUGAUGCCCGGAAUGAUGCCUGGAAUGAUGCCGAUGUAUCCCAUGCAGCCACCAAUGGUGCCCUUGGCGAUACUUCCAACACCUACCACUGCUCCAGCAGUCAAGUUGGCUGCCCCAGCACCAGCCCCUGCUGCAGCCAAUCCAGAUGCAGAGCACGCGCAGAAGAUCUGUGAGGAGAUUGCACCUCCCAAAGAGCUCUUUGCAAGCUGCACGUCGUCAGUGCUAAAAUCUCUUGCAGAAGAUGUGUCCCUUGCAGACUCCAUGAUUGUAGCCAAUGCGACUGUCACACUCUUGGACCUUGGUCUUCCAGAAGCUGCUGCAGCUGCUGGUGCAAAAGAGGCCUUGCAAAGCAUUCAGAAAGGGCUCCCCAUGAAUAUGGCCAUGGAUGGGGCUCUUGGAGCAGCAGUUCAUGCAGCUCUGUUGGCCCAGGGCAACACUCCAGCAUCAGCAGCCACGGCCAAAGAAAUGGCCCUAAAGGCCCUUUCCUUGGGCUACGACCCGACUGCUGCUUUGUCCUCCGCCAACGCUGCAGGUAAAGCCAUUGAGGAUGGCUUCACAGAGGCGGCAGCUGAGGCAGCAGCCAUGGCAGCAGCGGAUGCCAUCAAGGCUGGAAAAUCACCUGGUGAAGCUGCUGCGGCUGGUUCUGCCGUGGCAGCUGUCACCAAGGGAGAUGACAGCAAUCAAAACAUUGUCAUCCACAUCCAUCAGCAUGACAAGAAGGCGGAGGAUCAGGUAAUUACCUACUCUCCCAAGAAUGGUGAUGCGGUCGUCGCUUCAGAGCCCAGCAGUCCCAAGCUGUCAACUCUACCCGCUGCCAAAGCAAAGGCACCUCCGGCUGAAGCUGCUCCAGUGGUAGCCCCUUCCGCACCAGCACCUGCUGCAGCUGUUGCCUUACCACCGGCAGCUGCACCCCCUGUCAAGCCCGUGACGGCUGUGGAGCCGCAAGUUGCAGUGCCACAGCCACUUGCUCCAGCACCAGCACCAGCACCACCAGCGGUGCAACCAGCAGCAGUGCAACCAGCUGCGCAACCAGCGGUGCAAGCAGUGGCAGCUGCUCCAGCCCCUGCAGUGAAGUUGGACCCAUCAAAGGCAUCGGUUGCACAAAUGCCUGACUCGCAGCUUCCAGUGGCUCCGAUGGCUCCAGCUCCAGCCAUGGCUUCAGCUGUUUCCCCAGCUGCAGUUUCUGCAGCUCCAGCUCCAGCACCUGCAUCAAGUGGAAAAAAAGUGACUGAAACGAGCGAUUCAUCGCUGGAUGCAGUGCCCAAGGCACUGAAAUCCUCAGAGAUCAAAGCAGACAAGGAGAAAGAGGCAAAGAUUUUGAAGGAAACGAGCUCAGAAGAGGCCAACAGAAAGGUUGAUGCUGAGGGAAAAAAGGAUGAGGCUGCUGUGAAGAAAGAAAGCUCAGAACCCGCAAAAGAAACGGUGGAGGAGCCUCCAGCAGCACAAAAUAAGCAAGGCAAAGAGGCGAAGCCGGAACCCAAAUCCACCGCAGAGCCGGAGGCAAAGACAGACAGCUCUGAAAAAGCAGCAAGCCAGGUGGCGCCUUCGGCUACCCAAGGCAAGUCGACUGAAGUAGGUGAGCAAAAAGUUCAAAAGGCCACGGAGGCACCCAGCUCUGCGGCCGAAGUGAAGCCCACAGAGCCCAAGGCCUCCACCACGGAAGCACCGAAGGCGGUUCCGGCAGCAUCCAAGGACGUGAAGGGAAAUCACACCAAGACAACCGUUCAGACAACCAGCUCCAGUUCUGGAAACAGCACCGAGGAAGAAGGCUUCUUCGAGGGAGUUGGCAAUGCAAUUUCAAAGGUCAUGGGCGAAGUGGAAGAUGUUGCAGAAGAUGUGCCAUUUGUGCCUUGGAAUCUGGUUGAAGUCGGAAAGGAGCACAUGUGAGCGCACAGGGCGUGCGUAGAUCCGGGUAGCAAACUUGAUGAAGACAGCAAAUGCCAUUCAAC